AGAUGAGAAUACAGCAUAAAGAAAAUCAAUGUGAAAGGUACUCGAUAAACUUUUAUAUGUCAUACACAAAAAUUAUAGUAGACUCAUAAUACAGCCAAUCUCAACCAUAAAGGCACAAUUUUUAUUAUUCACCAAGAAAAGAGACAAUGUGAUAUGCCCAUCCAUUAGUACAUUUCUAUACCAUAUUUUGAUCCCAUUUUCCAAACUGUCCUCAAUCACCAUGAGAUAAUGGUCUGCAAUUGUGAUCUGCUAAGCAUACUAGUGUUCCAUAACCUGGUAAGAUUUUCUCACCGCAACAAUGGCAUCAAACCAGAACCUAAAAGAUCUUCAGUGGGUUCUGCAGGCAAUCAAAUCAGAAAGUCUCAACCUGCACAGCAUUUCCUUCUGCCUUUCUCAUCCAACCUCAAGUUCUUACCAAGAAACAGAAAACUCUCUGAAUAUUAACAUUUCCAAAGACGGCCUUUCGUACUUCUCUCACAUCCUUUCGGUUUUAGGAACAGCCAAAAACACCCAGUCAUCUCUGCAAAUCUUGGAGUUUCACCAGGUUGAAUGGGAACUACAGCAACUACAAAAUUUCCUGGUGUUGAUUGAGAAUAACUCGAACAUGAAGCGAAUUGUGUUUCAACAGAACAGGUUCAACAGAGAAUGCUUAUCAGAACUGUCAGAAAUGUUGAAGAGAAACGGAGUGGUUAAAGAAAUCAUGUUCAUCAAAUCAAGCAUUAGGUCUGUUGGAGCAAGCCUCCUUGCUUCAGCUCUCAAGGAGAACAAUAGCUUGGAGGAGUUGCAAAUAUGGGAGGACUCAAUUGGGUCGAAAGGUGCAGAGGAGCUUUCGAAGAUGAUUGAAGUCAACUCGACACUGAAACUGCUGACAAUUUUUGACUCACGUUCGAUCACAGCAACCCCACUAAUUUCUGCUGCCUUAGCAAGGAACAGAACGAUGGAAGUUAAUGUUUGGAGUGGAGAACAUGGAGAAAAGAGCUCCAAGGUAGUUGAAUUUGUACCUGAGAACAGUACACUCCGAGUUUACCGGCUUGAUGUGUCAGGCUCUUGCAGGGUUGCUUGUGCUCUUGGGUGGAAUUCGACGGUCAAGUCACUUGACAUGACUGGAGUACGGCUGAAAUCUCGGUGGGCUAAGGAGUUUCGAUGGGUUUUGGAACAGAAUCAGAGACUGAAAGAGGUGAAUAUUUCAAAAACUUGCCUGAAAGACAAAGGAGUUGUGUAUGUUGCAGCUGGACUCUUCAAGAAUCAGAGCUUGGAAAGCUUACACAUUGAUGGAAACUGGUUUGGCGGAAUUGGCGUAGAACAUUUGCUCUGUCCUUUAAGCAGAUUCUCUGCUCUGCAAAGCCAAGCAAACGUAACUCUCAAGUCAAUAACAUUUGGAGGAGGAAGAACUAAGAUUGGAAGGGAUGGUCUUGCAGCCAUCUCACAGAUGCUGACGACCAACCAAAGUGUGACUCGGUUAGGUAUACAUGAUGAUGAGAGUUUAAGGCCAGAAGAUAUUAUCAAAAUCUUCAGGAGCUUGGAAAGGAAUGCCACUUUAAGGUCCUUGUCUUUACAAGGUUGCAAAGGGGUUAAUGGUGAUUUGGUUCUGCAGACAAUAAUGGAGACACUACAGAUAAAUCCUUGGCUUGAGGAAAUUGAUCUUGACAGAACACCGCUACAGAAUUCAGGGAAGACACAAGGAAUAUAUCAGAAAUUGGGUCAGAAUGGCAAGACCGAACCAGAAACCGAUUUGCUCAAGGACAUGACAAUGGUGGUACCCAAGAGCUGUAGAGUUUUCUUCUGCGGACAAGAUUACGCCGGUAAAACUGCACUGUGCAAUUCAAUAUCCCAGAACUUCUCUUCUUUAAAGCUACCUUACCUGGACCAAGUAAGAACUCUAGUGAGUCCAGUUGAGCAAGCUGUUAGAACAGUAGGAAUGAAAAUAAGGACUUUCAAAGAUGAAGACACAAAGAUUUCAAUAUGGAACCUUGCUGGUCAGCAUGAGUUUCAUGCCCUCCACGAUCUCAUGUUUCCGGGGCAUGGAAGUGCAUCAUUUUUCCUGAUCACAUCCAGUUUGUUCAGGAAACCCAACAACAGAGAACCCAAAACCCCAGCUGAGAUAGAAGAAGACCUCCAAUAUUGGCUUAGGUUCAUAGUCUCCAAUUCAAGAAGGGCAGUCCAACAGUGCAUGCUACCAAAUGUGACUGUAGUGCUCACACACUAUGACAAAAUCAAUCAACCAUCACAAAACUUGCAGGCUACUGUGACUUCAAUUCAGAGAUUGAGAGAUAGAUUUCAAGGUUUCGUCGAAUUCUAUCCAACUGUAUUCACAGUUGAUGGAAGAUCAUCAGCAUCAGUGAAUAAACUCACCCACCACCUCAGAAAGACAAGCAAGACAGUGCUCCAAAGAGUGCCUAGAGUUUAUGAGCUUUGCAAUGAUCUCAUACAAAUUCUAUCAGACUGGAGAUUGGAAAACGAUAACAAGCCUGCCAUAAAGUGGAAAGAGUUUGGGGACCUAUGCCAGACUAAGGUACCAUCUUUAAGAAUUCUAUCAAGACAUGACAAUAGGGAGAAGGUGGAAAUGAGGAGGCGGGCUACAGCUAAUUGUCUUCAUCAUAUAGGUGAGGUGAUUUAUUUUGACGAACUGGGGUUUUUAAUCUUAGAUUGUGAGUGGUUUUGUUGUGAGGUGAUUGGUCAACUAUUAAAAUUAGAUGUUAGAAAGGAAAGCUUAACAGAAAAUAAUGGAUUCAUAAGCAGAAAAGAAUUAGAGAAGGUUCUUCGAGGAAGUUUACAUAAGCAGAUUCCUGGGAUGGGUUCAAAGGUGUUUGAGAACUUGGAGCCCGGAGAUCUUGUCAGAAUGAUGCUGAAAUUGGAACUGUGUUAUGAACAAGACCCGUCAGAUCCAAAUUCACUGCUACUGAUCCCCUCCAUUCUUGAGGAAGGUAGGGGGAGGCCACAGAGAUGGCAGUUAAGCACACCUGACUGUGUCUAUGCAGGGCGACAUCUUGAGUGCGAUGAUUCAAGCCACAUGUUUCUAACAGCAGGCUUCUUCCCUCGCCUACAGGUACAUCUCCACAACAAAAUCAUCGGAUUAGGAAAUCAACAUGGAGCAACUUACAGUCUGGAAAAAUACCUCAUAUCAAUAAACAUCCAUGGUAUCAAUGUCAGAGUAGAGCUCGGAGGGCAGUUGGGUUACUACAUUGACGUCCUUGCAUGCUCCACCAAGAAUUUGACAGAAACCCUUAGAUUAUUCCAGCAGCUCAUAAUCCCUGCAAUCCAGAGUCUCUGCCAAGGCAUCACAUUGACUGAAAAUAUUCUUCGGCCAGAAUGUGUCAGAUAUCUAACACCCCCAAGAUUCAGAAAGACCCAAUUUGUGCCUCUGCAACAAUUAAAACAGGCUCUACUCUCAGUUCCUGCAGACAGCCUGUAUGAUUAUCAGCACACUUGGGGUUCAGUGUUAGACUAUGGCAAAUCUGUGUUAAGAGCCGGCUUUGAUCUUGCCCGUGACCUCCUAUCAGAUGAUGAUUUCCGGGAAGUGCUGCACCGAAGAUAUCAUGACCUGUACAAUCUCGCUGUGGAACUACAAGUUCCGCCAGAAAACAACCCCGAUGGACUAGAUAAUCCACAAACUACUGGUGAAGAAGCUGACGGCAAAGUUGAUCCGACCUUUGGAGGCAUUGCCAAGGGGGUUGAAGCAGUUCUGCAGAGACUGAAGAUCAUAGAACAGGAAAUCAGAGAUUUAAAGCAGGAGAUUCAAGGGCUGAGAUACUAUGAACACAGACUCCUAAUUGAGCUGCAUCGCAAAGUGAACUAUCUUGUCAACUAUAAUGUCCAACUUGAAGAAAGAAAAGUGCCCAACAUGUUCUAUUUUGUUAAAACAGAAAACUACUCGAGGAGAUUGGUCACCAACAUGAUUUCUGGCAUGAAUGCAGUACGGUUGCACAUGUUAUGUGAAUUCCGGCAAGAAAUGCAUGUGGUUGAAGACCAGCUGGGUUGCGAACUGAUGCAAGUUGAUAACAUGGCGAUGAAAUCUCUGGCUCCAUACAUGAAAAAAUUCAUGAAACUUCUAACAUUUGCUCUUAAGAUAGGAGCUCAUCUAGCAGUCGGGAUGGGAGAAAUGAUACCAGACUUGAGCAGGGAAGUUGCACAUCUGGCUGACUCUUCUCUACUUUAUGGGGCAGCAGGUGCAGUUGCUGCUGGGGCUGUGGGAGGCGCGGCUGCUGGGCUUUUAGAGGGAAACAGGAGACAGAGGGACAUUCAGCAAGAUCAAAGAACAGCACAGCAAUGGGUCAUGGACUUUUUAAGGGAUCACAGGUGCUCAACUGGAAGAGAAAUUGCAGAGAAGUUUGGAUUAUGGAGAGUGCGAUACAGGGAUAACGGCCAGAUUGCCUGGAUUUGUAGGAGGCAUAUCUACGCAAGAGCCAACGAAAUAGUCGAAGUACCAAUUUGAAAUCUUGCCAAAGGCAUAGAGGGUUGUGAAAAAAGUGUGCGUGUGUGCGCGUGUGUUUUCUCUCUACUUGCGGAUAGAGUAGAAGAGGAGCACACAUCCACAUCAUUUCAAAUAUUACUAAUGCCCUGGUGUAUUUAAGGAUUGUGGUUUUUAGUCUGCGUUUCUUUUGCUGCAACAAGACCAGAUCUUAUAAAUCAUCAUGAACAUUUUAACAUUUAGCAAAA